GAAGUGGGAUAUUGGGAGAGCCGGAAGAGAGCUCGCCAAAAGGAAUAUUCCAUCACACCCCGAGGACUGUCAAGAGGUGCAUUAUUUUCACAUCUCAAAAAUAUUUUUGACAGCAGGGAAUUUUCAUAAAAAUGUGGAAGGCAGCAGCAGGUCAGUCCGUCACCGUGGCAGUGGAUGACGGAGGUGACGACUGGGAGACAGACCCAGACUUUGAGAAUGACGUUUCAGAGAAGGAGCAGCGUUGGGGGGCCAAGACUGUGGAAGGCUCCGGUCACCAGGAACACAUUAAUAUCCACAAGCUGCGUGAGAACGUGUCGUCCGAGCACAGUGACCUUAGGCAGAAGGAGCAGGCCGCCAUGCCCAAAGCCUCGGACGGCUAUGGGGGCAAGUUUGGGGUGCAGCAGGACCGCAUGGACAAGUCUGCUGUGGGCCAUGAGUACCAGAGUAAGCUGUCCAAGCACUGCUCUCAGACAGAUACAUCCAAAGGCUUCGGGGGGAAGUUUGGAGUGCAGGACGACCGCGUCGACAAGUCCGCCGUUGGGUUUGACUAUGCUGGGAAGACUGAGAAACACGCGUCGCAGAAAGACUACUCCACAGGGUUUGGGGGGAAAUAUGGGGUGCAGGCAGACCGUGUGGACAAGACUGCAAUGGGCUUUGAAUACCAGGGCAAAACGGAGAAACACGACUCUCAGAAAGAUUACACCAAAGGUUUUGGCGGGAAGUUCGGAGUGGAGACUGACAAGGUGGACAAGAGCGCCUUGGGCUUUGAGUACCAGGGCAAAACAGAGAAGCACGAGUCUCAGAAAGAUUACGUGAAGGGCUUUGGUGGCAAGUUUGGUGUGCAGACGGACAGACAGGACAAGUCAGCCGUGGGAUGGGACCACCAGGAGAAACUGCAGCUCCAUGAGUCGCAGAAAGACUACUCCCAUGGGUUUGGAGGAAAGUUUGGCAUCCAGACGGACCGAAUGGAUAAGAGUGCAGGUAACUUUGAGGAUGUGGAGAAACCAAGACCUGCCUACCAGAGGACCAAGCCUGUGGAAACUGCCGGCAGCAGCACGGGCAGCAUCAAGGCCCGCUUCGAGAACAUCGCCAAGCAGAAUGAGGAGGAGGACAAGAAACGGGCGGAGGGGGAGAGAACCCGCCGCCAGGCCAAAGAGAAGCAGGAGCAAGACGAGGCGCGGCGCAAGAUAGAGGAGACAGCCAAGGCCAAGCCUGCCUCCCCGGCUUCUGAGACCAUCCCCACCAUUAGCCCUACCCCUCCUGCCCAGCAAGCCUCACCUUCGUGUGUACCUGCAGCCGCCGACCCAGUUUACCAGGACUCUGGUGUGUACGAGGAUCCUGCAGCAGCGGAGAAUGGGGAAGAUCUGUACGAGGCAGAGCCCAUCUCCCGGCCCUCUGCCGAGCAGACGUAUGAGGAGCCUCCCGCCCAGGAGGAGGGACUCUUCCAGAGUCCUGACGAGACAGGAGACGUCCAGACAUAUGAGUACGGUGAGGACUUGGGGUUAACCGCAGUGGCCCUGUAUGACUACCAAGCAGCUGGUGAUGACGAGAUCUCUUUCGACCCUGAUGACAUCAUCACUAACAUUGAGAUGAUUGACGAGGGCUGGUGGAGGGGUGUGUGCCGGGGUGCCUACGGCCUCUUCCCAGCCAAUUACGUUGAGGUUCGGCAAUGAGCCCGCCCACUACACCAAACAGUCUCUCUCCCCAUCCCAUCCAUCUCUUCUGAUUCCUCUCUUUUUCUCGCGCUCUCUCAUUCUGUUGAUCACGUGCUUCUUUCAAGUGUGCUCGACAUUCUCAGGUCUUUCAGCUGUCCCGGUCUUUCUUCCUUUCUCUCGCUCCUCUCCUUGGGAGGAGGCUUCAGCCUGAUAAAGGACUCAGAAUAAAAGAAGGUUCACGGACAAACACUCACUCUGGCUCUGCUACGCAAUCGAGAGAGAUAAAGAGAGUGAGCGGGUGAGCCCUGCUAUGACAGAAAGGCCUUUCAUGGUAAAGCAAAUCAUCAGAAAAACACUACUCCCAUUAUAAUGGCAAGUUAUAUACUUGGUUUUCUAUAAGAUGCCAGACACUCUUGCUGCUUUGCCCCACUUGCACCAGUUAGUUCAUUUACUUUAAAUGACAUGUAUUCAAACUUCCACGGUAUCGAUUGAGACCUGGCUGCUACAGUAUCACUCGCAGUAUAGAUAUUAACAUCACCAAAGAUGGAGAUCACAGAGGUGACGUAGAAAUGAACCCCAUGCUUUGUGUGCAUAUAGUGACGUUGUGGUCCUCUUUUAAGAAGGCUUAAAGUAACUUUUAGACCAAGUUUGGAACUAACAUGAUGACAUAACACUGGAAAUGUAUUAUGUUUAGAUUUUUUUUUUUUUAAAUGCCACUUCCAGAAGUGGUUUGACGUUGAUUGGUGUGCUAGCACUUUGGUUCAGUUUGGUAAUAGUGCAGACCAAUUGAUUGGUGUGUAACUGAAUUGGUGUAGCUGGUUCGGAGAGAACUCUGAGCCGCGGGGGUUUCUCUCUCUCUUUGGAACACUUGUUUGCUUUAGUCAGCGGAGAUCAGAUAACACGAAGAAACCCAAUAGGGAUGUUUUUGAGGAUGUGUUGUUGAAAACCGUAAGUUUGCUUAGGCUUACCCACAUUUUUGGUGUAACGCCUGCGUUCGCUUUAAUCAAGGGGCGAAUAUGAUCACCAUAGAUGUUGUGAACCUCUGCUGCGUCUCGUCUCCUCCUUUUCUCAUUGUCACGAAAGAAGACUCCAGAAAGCAGUAGAAGAAAAUAAAUAAUGGAGCUGUCUGUCUUUUUAAUCACUUGCCCAUAGUCCUGCGGUAGAUCAUGUCAGAUAGUAUGCUGAAAGUAAACGAUGUACAGAAAGAUGUUUUUAUGAUGCUCUGAGAAAUAUAUAUUGAGUCGAAAAAAAAAUUUUGUUUUUCAAACCCCUGCCCCCGCUGCGUGUUCGAUGUAGACCAGACCUGUAUAUUUUGUCACAGGCGUGAUGUCACGCUGCCUGUGGCAGGAGUCUGUCACGUGUUCUAUGUCAUGUCUGUAGCGUGUUCAUGUACUGUAUGUGCAACUUGGUAUAUUAUGAUGUCUGGGGCCACAUUGACAUCCGUAUCAUGACCGACAUGUACUGUUGACUGAGUGAUAUUUAUCUAUAGGUGGCUAUAAGUACUAAAAUAAUACUCUAACAAUAUUGGGCUAUAAGGGGGAUUUUGACUGUGAUUGUUUCUAAAACGCAGAGUGAUUAUUUUAACCGAUGACAAUCUCACCCCAACGUCACGGUGAUCUAAUGCAAUAGUGUAGCUUCAGUAGGUGUGUGGGUGAGUGGGGAUGGGGUCUCAUCAAAUAAAUUCUUUGGGGUUUUAUAAUAACAAAGUGACCUUUUUUAUAUUUGUUUAUUUUUAUCUGUACUUCUGCUUUGCUCAAGUCACCACAUUACCUGCUUGUUCUUUUUUUUGUAAGUAAAUAGUUUAAAUAAACAAUGUAUGGAUAGUAUUUUGUUUACUUCGCUUCGUCUUUACAUCUGCUAUCUACAUCCUGAAAUGAACAGCUUCUGUAUAACACAUCCUCAACCUUGUGAAGGUGCGUAAUGGGCUUUGCAGGCAUGGUUCCCUUGCGCGCGCUGAAUAAAUGUAAUUCAACCACUGAAACCCUC